AUGGCGAGCUCUCCCGACGACGCAUGGUACACGCUCCGCUGCUGCAACGACCAGCAGCUGCAGAACAUCUACCUCAUCGUCGGCUACACCGUGCUCAUCUUCAAGCUCUGGCGCUUUCCGCUCAUACAUCCGUUCAAGAUUCUGACUGUCUUCCUUCACGAGAUGGGCCAUGCCAGCGCGGUCUGGCUCACAUGCGGCAAGGUCACGGGCAUGGAAGUGCAUCCAAACGAAGGCGGCGUCACCAAGUACGUUGGCGGCAUCGCGUUCAUCAUCGUACCUGCGGGCUACUUGGGCUCGGCCGUCUGGGGCAUGGCGCUCGUCAUUGCGAGCCCCAACAAGCUCGCGGCCGAAAUUGCGGCCGGCGUCCUCAUCGCGCUCCUCUUUGUCUUUAUCUUUUACGCGCAGAACUCGUACCUGCGCUACCUCAACGCCGGCUUUAUCGUGCUUCUCGGCGGCUUGCUGGCGCUGACGAUCGCGACCGAGUACAACGGCGUGCGCUACCUCGUGCUGCUCGUUGGCGUCAUGAGCUGUCUCUUUUCGAUCUAUGACAUUUGGGACGACCUCAUUGCGCGCCGCGUCAACGACAGUGACGCGUCUGUGUUUGCCAAGAUGACGCACACCUCGAGUCGGUGCUGGGGUGUCAUCUGGGGCUUCUUCGCCCUCGCCACAAUGGGCUGCGCGCUGUACUUUAACCUCGUCGUCGCCAUGCACUCGUACGCCUCGACGCCGACCAUCCAUGCCGCCUCCGAGAUGACGUCAGGCACGCUCAUAGCGCUUGUCCUCGCUGCAAGUGUCGUCGUCCUUGGCGUCGUGCACACGGUCUUGACCCGUCGCUGUAUGGUUCGAACGGGGUCCAACCAAGCCGGCUACGCCGCUGCCCCAUAACCUUUGUACAUACAACAACCACACUGCAGC